CCGGGGCGGGGCUUCCCAGCCCCUUCCCUUUCGCGGGGCGGGGGGCGGAAAUGUGGCCCACUUGCAACCUGAAGAUUCGCGAUUGCUUGGCCUCAACUUCCGUCACUCUGAAACAGUGCUUGAAAUUAGGGGCGACCAUGGCAAAGAGCAAGUUCGAGUACGUGCGGGACUUCGAGGCUGACGACACCUGCCUGGCUCACUGCUGGGUGGUGGUGCGGUUGGACGGGAGGAAUUUCCAUCGGUUUUCGGAGAAGCACAACUUUGCAAAACCAAACGAUAGCCGUGCUCUCUACCUAAUGACCAAAUGUGCCCAGACUGUAAUGGAAGAACUAGAGGAUAUUGUGAUUGCGUAUGGACAGAGUGAUGAGUACAGCUUUGUGUUCAAGCGGAAAAGCAACUGGUUUAAAAGAAGAGCCAGUAAGUUCAUGACUCAUGUGGCCUCACAAUUCGCCUCCAGCUAUGUGUUUUAUUGGCGAGAUUUCUUCGAAGACCAGCCCCUUCUGUAUCCUCCAGGCUUUGAUGGAAGAGUCGUAGUAUACCCUAACAACCAGACCUUAAAGGACUACCUCAGCUGGCGGCAAGCAGAUUGUCACAUCAAUAAUCUUUAUAAUACAGUUUUCUGGGCACUCGUACAACAGUCUGGACUGACACCAGUGCAAGCCCAGGGCAGAUUACAGGGAACUCUUGCAGCAGACAAGAAUGAGAUUUUAUUUUCUGAAUUCAACAUCAACUAUAAUAAUGAGCCGCUGAUGUAUAGGAAGGGGACUGUUUUGAUAUGGCAGAAGGUGGAUGAAGUCACGACCAAAGAAGUUAAGCUGCCAGCAGAAAUGGAAGGAAAAAAGAUGGCAGUGACCCGAAGCAGGACUAAGCCAGUGCCCUUGCACUGCGAUAUCAUUGGAGAUGCUUUCUGGAAGGAACAUCCAGAGAUCCUAGAUGAAGACAGCUGACCCUCUGUGUUUUAGUCCUGGUGUGCUUAAGCAGGGUCUCCCAAUUCUUCUGGCCGGAGGUGGCCUUAGCAUUCCUACCACCCAGAACAGUGUCCCAGGAGUGACGUGACUCUGGUGGGGAGGGGAACGGGGAAGGAAGGGAUAGAUUGAGCUGGGGUAUCUUGUUCUACUUUAAAUGGAACACUUUUUUUUUUUUGCAAUGUUGGAACAUGGUACCUUUGGUAGAAGUGCUUUUUUUUUUUUUUUAAAUCAUGGUACUAUUUUUAUAAAGCAAGAACUAUUUCAUGCCUUACAGAAUGAAUCAUUUUUAGAUUGUGAGAUAAGUGUUAUAAAAACCUGCUGAGUUCUUUUCACCUGUGGUAGUCGUGCCCAAACUUUAUUCUUACCCACUUAUUCUUAACUAGAGAAUCCAGUGACCUUGAAAAUCUCACCUUUCCCACCCAUGUACUGGCAUUCAUCUUUGGCAGACCUGAAGAUAAAUAUGGGUUGAUGCCUGCAUGAUGUCCCUGAAUUCAGGAAUUCCAGAAAAAAACUCAGCUUUGUGUCAUUCUCCAAGUUGGCUACUUUGGCUGAUCAAAUGAGUAGUUUGGAUGUCCUUGUGUAAACAUUCUAUAGAUUGAUUUUAUGGAGUUAGCAUGGUUAUCAUCUUGCCAGUGGCAUUGUUUGUAAGCCAUUUACCUCUUUAUAAGAAGAAUUAUGUGUAUAUGAGAUAAAAUAUGUGAGAACACGAAGGGAGAAACAGUCAUUCUGUGUCCUCUAGAUCAGCAGUCCUCAACAUUUUUGGCACGAGGGACCAGUGCUCCUAUGAGAAUCUAAUGCUUGAUGAUCUGAGGUGGAGCUGAGGCAGUGAUGCUAGUACUGGGGAGUAGCUGCAAAUACAGAUAAAGCUUUGCUCACUCACCUGUCGCUCACCUCCUGCUCUGUGCCCUGAGGGUAGGGGUCUCCUGUUCUAGAUAGUGUUAAAAGUCACUUUGUCACCUGUUGGAUUUCCUGAAAAAGAUUCUCAGGUACCUUCUGUGUAAUACGAACAAUGACAUUUAAAUUGGAGAGCAGAGGGGUCAACCCUCCCCUUGGGAGUCAAAAGUGGCAGAUGUCAAAGCCCUAAUAGCUCCACUUAACUGCCGGGCCAGUGGAGAUGGGUGAGGAGUAGCAGAGCGGCAGUAUUAAUUUCGUAUUGCCAAAGUGUUGGCUACUGAAAGGGGGCAGUAAUGGAGACAGGUGGUAAGAGAACUCAACGUUGCUUUUUGUCCUCAUUUCAUAUUUUAGAAGAAAAAGAUUAUUUGGCUCUAUUAAGAAUGAUUAAAAAAACAGUGCCUGGUCUUGCAUCGCGGAAUUUACAGCCAAGAAAAUUUAUUUUUGAAAGGGCGUUGGUUGGUUUUAUCCCUCUCCAAUUGAUAUCCCAUCUGUCGAUGCCAUGUUUUCCCUUCCUGUUUUCUACAGGAGUAGGAGAUGUGGCUUCUGUUUGGUAAUUGAUAAAACUUUUGGGAAAAAAAUAAAGAUUUCAACUUCCUUGGC